UAUUUGUCCACACUUCCCGUCUCUCUCUCUCUCUCUCUGUUUUUUGUUUUUAUUUUUUGUAUAACUCAACACCUGCGGCUGCAUUGGAUGCACAAUUCCUCAGCUCUGCAACUUCUUUCUCUCUCUUUCCAUGUACAUGGCAAUUUCAAGUGAAUCCAAAGGGUCUGCACCCGUUGCCAUUGCUUUGAAAUCAAGUGCAUAUCUGCCGGUGUUCUGUUAACUCCUGUUGGUAUUCUCUUUAUGGCUGUAAACAAUUGCUGUUUCGUGGAAUGGAAAGAGCAGUUUGUUUCUCAGGAGCGCGGUAAUCGUGUGGUUCACUAUUACCUGAAGGAUUCUGCUGGGGAAUCCGUCCUUGCAGUUGUUGGCACUGAGAGGAGUGUUAGGCACAUGUGCUAUGUUGUUGCUGAGGAGUUUCUUGAAAUUUGUGGGAUGGAGGGUUCCAUUCCAACCGGUUUCAAAUGGAGAUCUAGAAGAGAGGUGGUGGAUUGGCUGACAUCGACGCUAUCAAAGCAGAACCUGCAGGGAGAUAGAAGUGUAUCAGCUGGUCAUAACUUGGUACCAUCUCAUGAGGCCACAAAUGACAGUGUCAAUGAAAUUACUGGUCUGUCUGCUCAAAUAACAGAUGACAAGGACUUUCCAACGAGUAACUCCAAAUUGUCCAAUUCAGACAUUGUUUGGUCAGGAGUUGCGUGGAGAUGUGGCAAACAACUUAAGCAUUAUCCUGCUUUUUUCAGGAAUGGCAUCAAAAUAGCGAUUCAAUCCUUUGUUUUUGUUAUGGGCAAGGGAGAGAACCAUUAUAUUGCUUAUGUAGAGGAUAUGUAUGAAGACAGGAGGGGACAGAAAAAGAUCAAAGUGAGGUGGUUUCACCAUAAUCAGGAAGUCAAGGGUGUAGUUCCUGUACGAAAUCCUCACCCUCGGGAAGUUUUUAUCACACCUUAUUCCCAAGUCAUUAGUUCAGAGUGCGUAGAUGGUUCUGCCACAGUCUUAACUCGUGAAGACUUUGAAAAAUGCAUGCCUUUUUUUUCCCCCACUUCAAGGGACAGAAUACAUUUGUGCUUUAGGCAGUUUAGAAGCAACAAAAUCAAGCCCUUUGACUUGAGUAAAUUGCGUGGUUACUAUGCUCAACCAAUUCUUUCUUGCUUACACCUUGAUUCAAUCCAGCACCCUGAGUUCCUAGCAAGAGAAGAUGAAGAGUUGAGUGCAGGUGAUGAUGUGAAAGUAGGAGUCAAGAGGAGGAGGGGUGAUAAGGGGUCUCCUCAGUCUUGGAUAAGUCGCCAGGGGGUUAGGAAGUUAAGUAGAAAUAAGCAAAUGAUGGUAUACAAAACCUUCCAGGUUGCAAAUUAUGCAAGAUCAGAAAGGAUAUUGCUUUCUCGGAAGCAGGUUGGGAGUCAACCUUGGUCUAACCACAAAUACAAGGUUGAUGACAAGAUAGAGUUGCUUUGUCAAGAUAGUGGCAUCAGAGGCUGCUGGUUCAGGUGUACAGUUGUUCAGGUAGCCCGGAAGCAGUUGAAAGUCCAAUAUGAUGAUGUCCAGGAUGAAGAUGGAAGUGGAAAUCUUGAGGAAUGGAUCCCUUCUUUCAAGUUAGCCAGGCCUGAUAAACUUGGGAUGAGGCAUUCUGGCCGCCCCACCAUCAGGCCAGCUCCAACUUAUGAGGAACAAGAACUAGCUGUUGAGGUUGGAAGUGCAGUUGAUGCAUGGUGGAGUGAUGGCUGGUGGGAGGGGGUUGUAACUAGAAUUGACAACUGUGGGGAUGAUAGUGUUGAAGUCCACUUUCCUGGUGAAUGCUUGCUGAUGAAUGUGUGCAAGAAGGAUUUAAGAAUAUCUAGAGAUUGGUUAGGGGACAGUUGGAUUAACAUUAAGGCAAAACCUGAAAUAACUAAAUCUAUAUUCACAGCUAAUAAUAGCUUUAACACAAAGCUUUCUGUGUCCCCAUCUAUUGCUAAAGAUGUGGACUCUGUUGGUUUUGCUAAUUCAUGUCAUGGUGAUCCUGUUAGUAAGAAGUCAAAUGAACCAGUUGUUAUCAAAGAAGAGAAUUUUGUGUCUUGUGAUGGCUCUGAUAAAGAAGAGAAUUUUGUGUCAUGUGAUGGCUCUGCUGAAGAUGGGGACUGUGUCCAGGAUAAUAAACCCUCUUCAGAAAAAAGUACUCAAGCUGAUAAUAUUGAUACACAUAUCAAUUGUGAUAAUGAAGAGAAUUGUGGUGAUAAUGAUAAUGAUAACAAUAGCAAUGAUGGUGGUGGUAACAAGAAUGAUGAUGAUAAUGGCAAUAAAGAUAUGGGGGUAUUUGGAACUUCUGGACCGGACCAAGAAACUGUAGAGCUCAUGGAAGUGGCUGUAUAAAUAAUUUUUUAGAACUCAUGCAUAAAGUUAUGGUAGUUCUGAUUGUAGAGCUUUGCCAUCAUCUCUUAUUGUGUUGUAAUCUUUGUCCUAUGUUAGUCUGAGAAUGUAAAUAGUAGUUGCACGGUUAUGUGAGAAUCUAAUUGAUUGUUAACUUAGUUGUCUUUAUAGAUGUACAGUGUUGAGUGUAAUGUGCUAGCAUGUGUUGUCUUCCUUUCCAUUGGUUGUAUUAGAGAGUAGGUUUCUUUCAUACUGAGACAAAUAUUGUUGAGUAAUUUCUAUUGUUAUCUGAUUAGUUUCAUUUAUUUGGGCCAGUAGUGUAUUUUAA